CACAAUACAAUGCACUUGGAACUGGCUCCAUAGAGAUUGGUAAACAAGGAAGUACAGUGUGGUGUGGCACCCUUUGGACUUAUUUCCUCAUUACUGGGACCAGGCAUAGACAAAAACACAGCUUGACAGCCAAGGUAGAAAAUUCUCCCCAAGUCAUGUCUAGGGAUGACCUCCAGAAAAGGAAACGUUUGCUGGAUGAAAUCCCUGUAAGUCCACCGAAGAUGCCUCCUUGCGCCUACCUGCCUGGUCCUGAGCCACCCCCUCCCCAGGAGUAUCAGCUCACAUUAUUUCAGUGGCAAAUCCAACAAGAAGCGCGCAAGUAUGAAGGAGUCGCUCCCGAGAUGCUGAACAUGCAAGAUGGCGAUGGUGACACAUGUCUUCACAUAGCUGUGGCCCAAGGCAGAAGAGCUCUGGCCUACAUGCUUGCUUCCAAGAUGGCCGUCUACGGUGCUUUAGAGGUGAAAGAGCACAAUGGGCAGACGCCGCUUCAGGUCGCGGCGGCGGCCAAUCAGCACCUCAUCGUAGGUGACCUGCUAGAGCACGGAGCAAAUGUCAACACCGCAGACUUGUGGGGCCGCUCACCUCUGCACAUUUGCGCUGAGAAAGGAUUCCACCUCUGUCUUCAGACCAUCUGGAGGACUUUCUCCGGAUGUUUACAGAUGAUUAAUACAGAAAUGUGGAAUUUUGAGGGUCAAACUCCACUUCAUGUUGCCGUGUUGUCUCACAAUGCGGUUGAAAACGAGUGCAGGCGACUGGUUCAAACUGACACCGGGGACUGGCACCAGAAAAAUGAGCUGCUGCAAAGGAAACACAUUCAUGUUCAAUGUGUGGAGGCCCUGUUGUACAUGGGUGCCUCCUGUGGGACUCAGGACUUAAAAAGUGGUUAUACAUGUUGGCACAUGGCAGCCGAAGAAGCCAAUUGUCAGCUGUUGAGCAUCUUCCUCCAGCGGCCGUCUGCCGUGACCAGCCUCAACCACAAGAGCUUCAGCGGCAACACAGCCCUACACAUCGUCAGCUCCUUACAAAACCAUCCCACUCAGCUUCAGGCGUUGAAGCUACUGAUGGCAGGUGGAGCCGACCCCACCGCCAGAAACUUGGAGAACGAGCUGCCCUUGCACUUGGCGCCUGCAGGUCACGCUGGUGAGAUGGUGCGUCAGAUCCUGAGAGGCCAACACCUUGAUGCUUAAAACAGAACACUGUCAGUCAGACAGUCGAUCAUAAGAUAAUAUUUGCCUCACUAGGCAGAUGGCGGUUGUUUCAGUGAAACAAAUUUUGAUGUAAUACUCAAUGAGCUCAAAAACACACACACACCUACACACACCUACACACACCU